AUGGAAUCUGUUUCAACAUUAUCAUUAAAUACUCAAACCAAUAGUUCAACAUCAACUAUUGAUUUUUCAAAACCAAUCUAUGAAAAUAUUUGUAUGCUUUAUAGCCGUAACCAAGAUCAAAUCUUGAGUUUACGAUAUUUCAAUAAUUGCAAUCUCGAUCUAACCGAUGCGAUCUUGAAUGCCAAGUUUAUCAAUCACCACAAUUUCAAACAAGCAACGAUCUCUGACGAUUUUCAUAUCUGGGAAUUAGAUACACAAGAUUCAAUCAAACAAGGAAUUGUUACACUUCAAAUUUUACCAAAUGAAUUUGAUUAUUGGUUUUUAAAAUUAUUAAUUUCAGAUUCUAAAAUAUAUUAUCCAACAGUAAAUGAUUUUUCAAAUUUAACAACCACUAUAACUGAAAUUUUUGCUUCAAAAUUAAAACAUACUGUUGAAAAUGAUAAAUGGGAUGUAAUUGGUAAAUUUAAAUUUCAAGAAAAUGUUGAAUUUUUUACCCAAAGGGGUGUACCAAUUGAAGCUGUACUUCCAGCGUUUCCUUGUAAAUCUUCAAAUUAUGAAAAAGUUUCAGGUGAUUUACCAGAUAAAGGUGAAGAAUUAGCUUUAAAAAGAUUAAUAUAUUUUGCUGAAGAAGUUGAAAAAAUUUAUCCACCUGGUAUUAUAAUUUGGAUUAUUAGUGAUGGACAUGUAUUUAGUGAUUGUAUUGCAGUUGAUGAUUUAAAAGUUAAUCAAUAUUCAAUAGCUUUGAAACAGAUAUAUAAAAGAAUUCAAAAAUCAACAACCACUUUAAAAUUUCAUUCCCUUCCAGAAAUUUUUAAAAAUAUUCAUGAAAUAUCAGUUAACAUUGAUUUACAACAUUUUUUAGAUACAAAAAUUGAUUAUGAAUCUGAAAUUUGUCGUAAAAUUAUGAUGUUAUCUUGUGAUACUGAUAAUGGGAAAUUAAAACAAGAUAUAAAUACUCCAAAUCAUCCAAGAUUAUCAUUAUUUCGAGGAUUUAGUAAAUUUAUGACUGAAGAUUUACAAUUUCAUCCAAAAGUAAAAUUAAUGACUAGGAAAAAAUUUAAAAAAAUUGUAAGUCAAGUUGCUUUUGAAAUGAUUAAAAGAAAUGAUGCUUAUUCAAAUUUAGUUGAAUUAAUGUUUCCAUUUCAUUUAAGAUUUUCAAUUCAUGCUCAUAAUAAUUCAGGUCCAAAAUAUGGUAUUUCUUUAUUAAGUCAAAAUGGUAUUGAUGAAAUUUUACCAAUUAAUAAUUUAAAAGAUCAUAAACUUCCUCCAACAACUACUGAUUUAUUACAUAUUCCAACUCCAUGGCAUAAUUCUAUAGUUUUGGAUGGGAUUCAACUAAUUUACACUACUUUUAUAAAACAACACCACCAAAACCACCAAAUAAUGUCACCAACACCUUUACAAAUUAAAGUCAAUGCUUUAAAAAGAUUAAUCAAAGAAGAACAAUUGUAUCAACAAGAAGUUAAAGAUCAAGAAACUUAUGUAAAUCAAAUGAAAUCUCAAAAUGCUGAUGAAUAUGAAAUUAAAAAACAAAUUCAAGUAUUAGAAGAAAGUCAAAGAAUGGUACCACAAGUUAAUGAAAAAAUUAAAGAAUUAAAACAAUCUCUUGAAGAAUUUAUAAAUAAUUAUAAUGGAGAUGAAGAUUUAUCAAUUGCUAAAAAUUUAUUGAAGUAG